AUGUCCGAUGAAAUGAUAAUUGCCGAAUGGUACGACAAAGUCGAGAAGAAUAGCGACAAGAUCAUUCGCGAAAGCCCCAUCUUUAAAGCAAUGCUCGAUGUUGACAAAGCCAAAUUCGACGGCAAAUUUAUUACGUUCCGAGAAAUGGCGUAUAAUAUGACACCGGAAUAUAUCCAAGCUCAAGACCAUUUCCUCAACAAUGCGUCGGUGGAGAUCAAUGGACGUAGAGCAUUUUUCGUCCUCGAACCCGUUCCGGAUAGCCGUUUCCCCGCGUUUGAACAUGUUCUCAGGGUUGCCAACAUGACACAAAAGGAUUCGGAUAAAUUCUUGGAGGAGACGGUGGCUUCGAGGAUAGAGCAAUAUAGACUCGCCUCCACCAGCCCGCCUACGAACCGACCCCCCGCAGGUACCUUAGGGGUGGAUGUUAAAGGCUACGUGCAGCAAGCUGAGAACACGAAUACGACACCCCCGGAGGAUAGUAUCCAUCCUAAGGAAUUCGCAUCUUUGCCACAUAGCAUUAUUAUGCCUGGUGACAGGGAUAUCGUGCGUCAAAUCAUCGAGUGUAUUGAUUCACGCCACUGUUUCAAGGCUCGCCUAGCCAUUUCUACGAUUAUCCGCGAGUCUUUCGGCAGUACAAAUGAAAUGGCACUCCCCUUCUCGUUCUUCAAGCAUGCGAUCAAUCUUGCUACCGGGACCGUAGCUGCCAAUGGAUUACGUGAAAAGGUCGUGGAGCUGGAAAAUGUCUAUCGCUUAGAAUUCGAGGCAUUGCGCGCGUAUGUUGGUACUCUACCACUAAAUAGAUCCGGAAGAUAUCGACACCCAAAUCCCCUUUUAGGUCCUGUCCUAAAGAAGUGGCAAGAUGUGUUCGGUGAUAACCCAAUCACAGAUGAUCAAGUCGAUAAGCUGAUCCAAGAGUGCCACCUCACGGAGGACCUGUGCAAAGUUUCUAACCCGGGAAAACGUGGCACCACCAGCGCGGGUGAUCAUGAUAUAAGUGAGCGGCCAUCGAAGCAGAGAAAAACUAGUUAG